GCACGUUAAUGCGGAAGUUCGCGGUUGAGGUUGGUGUCGGAGCUGAGAGACUCAGAGAGAGAGCGCUAUUUAUUAUUAGCGCAUUAAUAUUAGCUUACUAGCCCUCAACUCCACUGAAACAUGUCAGAGGAAAAGGAUGACGGAGAAACGACACUACCAUGUGUUCUAAUAACAAGCUGUGACCCGGAGUUUAAGGAAGAGGAGCUUGUCAGGCAGAUCUUAGGUGCAUCGUCAUUACCAGAACCCACUAAAAAGGAGGAUGUGGUGGUUUGGUAUCCGUGGACAAUCAACAACAAAUACUACACUGCAGAUGUCAGCUUUUGUGUCGUGCCAAGUCCUUUUAACAUGACCUCAGAAGUUGCCCAGUCCACGCAAGCUUUUAUUGUCUACUUUGACAGUAAAACUAAAGAUGGUCUUAUUGCUCUCACUCCGUGGGUUGCACUGGUGGAGGAACUGGCUCCGGAGGUGCUCAUCUUGGUGUGUGACCAUGUUUGUGAAAAUGGUGUAAACAGACAAGAUGCUCAGCAGUGGUGUCUGGCUCAUGCAUUUGAACUGGUGGAGCUCAACCCUGAGGAGCUGCCUGAUGAGGAUGAUGACUUUCCAGAGUCCACAGGAGUGAAGAGGAUCAUUCAGGCUCUCAAUGCUAAUGUGUGGUCCAGUGUGGAGAUGAAGGAUGAACACAAUCAGGGAUUUGGUUUGAUGAGUAGUUUGGUUGCAUCUCGUCACAACAACCCACGAUCUAAAGCGGAAACGCAGUGCAAGUCUGAGAGUGCAGAAGAGACCACAGACGCACAGAAGACAGGAAGCUUUCAGAAUAGUACAGAGGAAGUCGACUCUGUAGUAGACCCGAUGACUAACAUGGACAUUCAGGAGUUAGCCAACCUCACAGCUGGAGAUGCAGAUGUGGAUAACUUUGAGCGCCUCUUUACGAAACUAAAAGAGAUGAAAGAUAAAGCUUCUUCAAUGCCACAUGAGCAAAGGAAGGUGCAUGCAGAAAAGGUCGCCAAAGCAUUUUGGAUGGCAAUCGGCGGGGACCAGGACGAGAUUGAUGGGUUGUCUUCAGGAGAGGAGAGCUAAACCAGAAUUCCAGUCCACAGCACCAGUCUUCUGCCCUCAAUUCUCCAGCACUGCCGUGUGAUUCCCAGCCUCACUCUUUAGUACCGGGCUCGGGCAUAAACAAAUACCGUGUGUGCAAGUUGGGAUGAGAGAUGCAGAAAGGUUUCUCGUGGUAGUCUGGAUCUUCCUGCUGGAACACCAGCACCAAUCAAGUGCACAGCCAUUAUAAGCUGCUGGUUUUUAAAACAUUAUAAACGUAAGUUUGGAGAGGGUACAGCAGCUAACCGAUUACCCAAAACAACAAUGGAGUGCAUCUAAACAAAGACCUUUAAGUCCAUCUAAGGAUUUUAUUUUUGCCCAAAAGAGUGUGUGUGCGUGUGUGUGUGUACGUACAUGUGUACAGGCUCUCUUUUGUUAUGAGAGCAGAUAAUUAUUAGGUUGUUUUUAAACAGUCAGGUUGUUCCUAAUUUUGUCCAGGAUAUAAAAGGUCAUAAUUAUGGAUAACGCAGUGUGGUUUGUUGUUUUGCCAUUUAGAUAAUUUGUCAAAAUACCCAUGCAUUUCAAUAGUCACAAUCUAACUGAGCGCCACUGUUAACAUUUCUGACAUAAAAUGCUUAUAUAUUAAAUUUCUUUUAUCAUCAA